AUGUUAGGGGUGCCGUUCAUCGACCGCUGGCUCUCUAGUACUUUUAAACCGAAAACUUUUGACGAUGCCGUUGACCGUCUCAGUUACGUUACGACAGCAACACUUCUCACUUUUUUCUCAAUUAUGGUCUCAUGCAAACAAUAUGUCGGAUCUGCUAUUCAAUGCUGGAUGCCCAUGGAAUUCAAAGGAGGAUGGGAGCAAUACGCCGAGGACUACUGCUUCAUUCAAAAUACCUUCUUCAUUCCUGAAAGAGAGGAAAUUCCAGGCGAUGUCAGUGAGCGUCAAAAAGCGGAAAUUGGUUAUUAUCAAUGGGUGCCAAUUGUUCUUGCCAUUCAAGCCUUCAUGUUUUAUCUUCCAUCGUGGCUCUGGUCGUCAUUGUACAAGCAAUGCGGUCUCGAUUUUCCUUCCGUGAUAAAUGAAGCCGAAGCACUUCGUACGAAUGACUCCGAGAGCAGAAGGAAGGGUAUCCACAAGCUCGUCGUUUUCAUUGAAGACAUCCUUGCAACGCGUGAAAAGAACGACUAUGGCCGAUUCUACUGCUAUAGAUUUGGUACACAUUUGGGAUCAUGGACAUCGGUCUUCUACGUUCUUAUCAAAGUUUUGUACUGCGUUAACGUCGUUGGGCAAUUCAUAAUUCUCAACAAGUUCAUCGGACAUGAGAACUUCUUCUGGGGAAUCACGACUUUCUACGAUUUGGUUCAAGGACGCGAAUGGCAAGAUUCUGGAGUGUUCCCACGUGUGACCAUGUGCGAUUUCUCGGUCCGCAAGCUAGCUAACGUUCACAGAUACACUGUUCAAUGCGUUCUCAUGAUCAAUAUGUUUAACGAAAAGAUCUACCUGUUUAUCUGGUUCUGGUUUGCUUUUGUUCUUCUCGCCACCCUUAUCAACACAAUUUGCACCAUCUACCGUCUCGGCAUUUCCAAGGCUCGUAUUCACUACGUCCGAACCCUUCUUUCUGGACCGGAACACAACUUCAAGGAUGAGUCGUCUAAAGAACCAAUAAAGAAGUUCACCAAUUAUGCUCUUAAAUCUGAUGGUGUUCUUCUCAUGCGAUUUAUUGACGAUCAUGCCGGAGCAAUGAUUACUAAAGAAAUAUGCGAGAAUUUGUUCACAAACUACUUGGAAUCCACGCCAUACCAUCACCCAAGCCAUAUGCACGGACACUCCACCAAAUCAGCAACACCAGGAAUGGAAGGACCGCAUGAGAGUCUUUACACUCCAGAAAAAGUUGGACUAAUGGCUCCUGAUUAUCCGAUUAAGAACGUUUGA